CAACUAAAUAAUUAUGCAAAAUGCAUUCAGCCAGAAUUAUACUAAAAUAUAUGCAAACAUGCAUUUAAAAGAUAUUUUUUUCAAUUUAAUUUGAAUUAAAUUAAUGUUUAUUUACUUAAUUAAAUUCUAUCAUGAGUAAAAAUGUAUACAAAAAUGCACUUUGAAAUGUGAUUUUAUCUCAUUUAUUCCGAAUUGAAUACUAUUAUGAGUAAAAACCUAUUAAAAAAUGCAUUUCAUGUCUUAUCUGCAACCAGAAGCAGUUCUGUUGUAUAUUACAAUUGUAUUUGCAUAACAUGUGAACACCCACCCACUCACACACGGUACAAUAACAUUGCAGUAGGUCAGGCACAGUAGCAGCUGCAGUGAAUGUUUUUUACCAGUCUUUGUCAGGACCAGCCAGCCAGUCAGUACACUGAGAGAAAAGUAGGCUACUCUUGUGCUUUUAUGAGUGGCAUCUGAUCCUGCCUUCAUCAUAACCAAAGCCCCUCUCUAACGUGCCAGAGGAAAUGUCAGACCCAACAGAGGAACUCACCAACAAGCCCUUCACGGCCCAGUUGUCCAAUGUUUACCUUAGCAUCUUGGCACUGUUCUGCUUCAAGCUCUUCAUUAAGAUUUCUCUCAACUUGCUGACAUACUUCUACAUUAUCCGUGGGAACCGUAAAGAGGCUGCCAGGAUAUCAGCAGAGUUUUAUGAUUAUGGCCAACAACACGGAUCCUGGGCAGACCGCUCACCCCUGCAUGACGCUGCCUGUCAGGGUCGCCUCCUGGCCCUGAGGACCCUCAUUUUACAGGGUCACAAUGUGAAUGUUUCGACUAUAGACCAUGUGACACCGCUUCAUGAGGCCUGUCUUGGAGACCAUGGUGCCUGUGCCCGAGCGCUCAUUGAUGCAGGAGCAAAUGUCAGUGCCUCUACAAUUGAUGGAGUCACCCCACUGUUCAACGCCUGUACAGUGGGCAGUGUGGCAUGCACUGAAAUUCUUUUGGAAAAUGGAGCAAAACCCCAGAGCCUCGUGUACCAUCCUUCACCAAUUCAUGAGGCGACCAGUAAAGGUCAUUAUGGUUGUGUGGAUGCUCUGGUGACCUGGGGGGCAGAUGUGGACAUGGACAUUCCUCACCUGGGCACAGCCCUCUAUACAGCCUGCGUCUGCCAAGAGGUGGAAUGUGCCAGGAAACUCCUGAGGGAAGGUGCCGAUGUACAAAAAGGCAGAUCUCUGGAUUCGCCCUUACAUGCAGCUGCAGAACAAGACUGCACAGCAGUAGUGAAGCUGUUGCUGGACUUUGGUGCAGACAUUAACGCCAGGAACACAGAGUUUCAGAGGCCGGUAGAUGUGGCUCCACCUAGCAGUCUAACAGAGGGCUUCCUAAUGCUGUAUGAAGCUACACCACGACUGCUGAGCCCGCUGUGUCGUCAGUGCAUCAGAAACUGCGUUGGCCGUGACAGACUCCAUCUCCUUUCCCACCUCCCCCUGCCCCACAGGCUCAGGAGCUACCUGCAGUACCAGUGAUAGGCAGAACAACUACAUUUGUCUGCCUACUGUAAAUGGGACAUACGCCUUUGACUCAAACAGAACAUUGUCUUCAUUAAAUCAUCUUGCCUUUAUCUGCCAGUCAGAGUAGCACGAGCAAUUAAUUGAAAUUAGUCACAGAACAGCCACUGAGUAGCUGUUUACUAUGUGUGAAUGUGGACCUGAAUGAAUGUAAAGCAGUGGGUUGGUGAAAAUGGCUUAAGAGUUAGCCUUUUCCGAAUAAAUUAUGGUUAAAACGAUAAAGAAAUCAUUAUUUGCAAUUCAGAUUUGAAGUAUUCAGAGUAUGCCUUACUAGUUGCAGUAGCUACAAUAGAUUGUCACACUUUGAAAUCAGCGUAACAUAAUUGCACUAUACGUGAAUGAGUAUUCAUAGUUUUGCUUUUGAUACCAAAUGCAUUAUACACUAUUAGAUAAUAAAACAUUUCUAUGAACUCUUUUGCCUUUUAAAAUACUUUAUGUUGUCAUUGUGGGCUGUGCUUUAAUUUUCUGAAGUUUGACUUGGUGUUGUAGAGGAAAUACAAUCAAAUUCAAAACUUGGUAAACAAAAGUGGUUGAAAAGUUUAAGCUUGGAUUAUUGAGUGGUGACAACUGGUGGAG